AUGAAAUCUCGCCAGACAAAGAGAUCAUCAGGGCACUGUGUGUCCCAGCGCCUGACGUCAGAUGCCCCAGACCCUGCUACGUUAGAAGGCAGAGUAUCAUGCCAGGAGAGGCAGAAAGGCAAGGUCAGUGCCCAAUUACCUGCCCCGGGGAGUGGUGGAAAGGAGGGAGGCUGGCGCUGGGAUUGUCUCAGCCCCGUGUGUCUGCUCCCAGCCCUGCAGCUCCUGCUGUGGCACAGCACACUGUGGUCAGGACAGGAGGCCAUUCCCCUGGCCUCUGUCAGCUCUGUGCCACCGUCCCCACCUUUGCCCCGGACCUUCCUGCUCAAGUCCUUGGAGCAAGUAAGGAAGAUUCAGGCGAGGACCUCAGGGCUGCUGGAGCAGUUGUGUGCCACCUACAAGCUGUGCCACCCGGAGGAACUGGUGCUGCUCGGCCACUCUCUGGGUAUCCCGCAGGCUCCCCUCAGUGGCUGUUCCAGCCAGGCCUUGCAGCUGACAAGAUGCCUGAGGCAACUCCACAGUGGACUCUUCCUCUACCAAGGCCUCCUGCAGGCCCUGGCAGGCAUUUCCCCUGGGUUGGCCCCCACCUUGGACAUGCUGCAGCUGGAUGUAGCCAACUUUGCCACCACAGUCUGGCAGCAGAUGGAAAGCCUGGGAGUGGCCCCUCCUGUACAAGCCACCCAGAGCACCAUGCCAACCUUCACCUCUGCCUUCCAGCGACGGGCAGGGGGUGUCCUGGCCACUUCGCACCUGCAGAGCUUCCUGGAGCUGGUUCACUGUGCUCUGCACGACUUUGCCUGGCCCUGAGCAAGGCCCUUCCUAGCCAGUUUAUUUAUCUCUAUUUAAUAUUUAUCGUUAUUUAAGCCUACUAUUUAAAGACAGAGAAAACGGAGCUCCAAGCUUCUCGGGCCUUCUCUCCACUUCUGAGUUUUGUUCUCCUGCCUGUGGCAGUGAGAGGAAGCUCUUGUGUCCUCCUGUGGAGGGCAGGGAGGGAGACAGGUAAAUACCAAGUAUUGAUUCCUGACGUUGCUCCAGGCACCCAGUUCUGUGGCGGGACCUGAGAGAGCCACAGUGAGUUCCCGCCACUCUGAGGCACCUAUU